CCAAGGUUGUGGUUAUUGCUAUCCUAUAACUAUGUGUCCAUUGCCAGUCCAGAGUUUCUCUGGAACAGUUCUAUAUCCCUUCUAUCAUUUACAAUUCAGUUGAACACUGAUACAACCAUUGAAUAUGCAUGCAAAACGCAAUGUAUCAGGGAGAGUUACCUUGAGUUCAAUUUCACUCGUUCUUUUGUCACUCUUCCUUCUCCAUUCCUCCUUCACCCCCUCCUUUCGUCUAUCGUCUUGGAGUUCUCCUGCUGUCAGCCUUGAAGAUGACUUUCGUAACUCUCUCCCCCUUGGUAUUCUCACCAAACGGGAGGAUGGGCAAGUCGAUGUCUUUAAGAAAGCCCUUGACAAGGGCAAAGGGCUCUCCUGUGAUAUGGUCAAGUCACAAGAAGAACUCGAAGAAGAAAAUGGAAAGUCACUGGAGUCACCAUCCUACCUCCAGCAAUCUGGCAUAGAAGAGAUAGAAGGUUGGGAAAUAGAGGGAAACGCAGAACCCAGCUUCAAGGACUAUCUCGAUGAAGCGCUGGCAGCUCUUGGAGUUUCCACGGAUCUUCAUCAUCAGAGCUGGAUGCACACAUCGGGAGGAAUCAUCUCAGCCACUGAUCCGGGUGACUUGGCUAGCGGAACAAGAGGCACGCAAACAGGGGCCUACUUUAGGAACUCUUUUGUUCUCAAUCCUGGUGUCAUAAUUGCUGAUGUCAAUUAUGCAGUCUCGGCCGCUACAGGAGGUAAUGAUAACAAGAUGACAGUUACUCAUGUCAAAAAGUGGAGUGAUGCUACCUGGAUGCAAUGGGAUAGGGUCUGUACUGAAGCUGGCGGGGACGUCGAAGGUCUGAGGUACAUUAUUCGUUCCAAGAUCGAGAACCACACCACUCUCGAAAUAAUAUUCAAGGCCAUCCUUUCCAGACACGAUAGAAACCCAAGGAGGAACAAAAAGACAAUCGGAACCUGGAGAAACAGAAUAACGUUCACUGCCGCAAAAGACAAAGAGGAGUUCUCCGCCAUUCUGGGUAGCCCUAAUGGAGCGGGGGCAGCUUUCAUGUUGAUCAACCACAAGAAACGGCUUGGGGUGAAGACGAUCAAAAGGAUCGACGUGUUUGUUCCGGAAGGAAGCUUUGAAGUUACUGAGACCAAGGUUGAGGAGAAGCACGAGAAGUGGAAUGUUAUGCUACUGAUGUAUAUUGUCAACCCUUGAUAAGGCUGCCAUGUGGUUGAAGACUAUGGGCAAUUGGGAGAUCUUAUUACAACAGAUUCAACCUAGUGCGUAGUCUUUGAGGCAAU